AUGAUGAUAGAUUCUCUUAUGGAGCUUGUCAACAAGACUACUUCCAAUUCUUUAUUCAUGUUCCUUUUCUGCAACUUCAUCAUCAUCUUGAUCCUCAUGGGCAACUCUAAACCGGGUUCCCAAGACACGCCAAAUCCUGGUUUGCAGAAAUCCGUGAUGUUUUCUGACUCGGUUCUCUCCUCUAAACCCGGUUUUGAGAAUUCCAUGAUGAUAUCUGACUCUGUUCUCCAAUCUAAACCCGGUUUUGAGAAUACCGUGAGGAUUUCAGAGUCGACUAUCUCUUCCAAACCCGAUUUUGAGAAAUCCCUGUUGACUUCUAUGCCGGUUCUCUUGUCCAAACCCGGUUUUGAGAAAUUGGGUUUGAAAUCGAAACCGGUUCUCUUGUCCAAACCCGGUUUUGAGAAAUCUGUUUUGAUCUCUAAGUCGAAGAAUCUCACAUCUAAUCCAGGUUUACAAGAACCGGGGCUGAUAUCUAAGUCGAAUCUCACAUCUAAUACCGGUUUACAAGAACCAGGGCUGAUAUCUAAGUCUAGUCUCUCCUCCAAACCCGCCGGUUCGGAGAAAGCGUUGACCUCCAAACCCGGUUUGGAACCCGGUUCAGACAUUGCAAAGAAUGAUGAGAAAGGGAGCUUGGAAGAGAAUGAGAGCGAAAUGGAGUGUGUGCUUCGUAGACGAGUUGAAGAAUUUAUUCGUAAAAAAUGCUCUAAGUAA